AUGCCCGCGUUCCGCCACGCCGAUUUAGGAGCCGUAAGCGCUAGACACGACGAGACGCGAGGCAUGGCGGCGAUGCUGCCGAGGGCCGCCGCGGCGCAGGACACUUUUCAGGUCGAGGCGUGGGCUCUGCUCGCGACGGCGCUGACCGUGACGGCCCUGCGCACGGGUUUGAGGAUAUCGACCCUCGGCAUUCGGCAGCUACGAUGGGACGACUAUCUCGUCUGUGUUGGCGCGCUCUUCUACGUGGCCGAGACGAUAUUGGCGUAUUGUGUUGGCAAAAUUGCCCACGGCCUUGCCAACAGCACCAUGACGGACGAGCACAGGGCAUCACUUUCCCCUGAUGAUGAUGAAUAUCGACUUCGCGUGAUUGGCUCGCAGAUUCAAAUAGCAGGCUGGACGACAUACGGAACGCUGCUCUGGGUAUACAAGACCUGCAUGCUGAUAUUUUACACACGAUUGACCUCUGGUCUGCACAAGAGCUACAAGAGGCAAAUCAUCUUUGGAUUUGCACUGCUUGGCUCCACGUAUAUAAUCCUCGCCGCGACAAUAUUCUUGUCCUGCCGGCCAUUCCACAAAUACUGGCAAAUAUAUCCAGAUCCAGGGAGUGAGUCCAUUGGCCGGACUACCAAGGCGGAUUCCUGCCAACCGGCGCUUUCGAUCCAGAUCAUCUGGACGGCCCUCGCCCUCAACGCGUCGACCGAUUUCUACCUCAUGUCGAUUCCGGUUCCCAUGCUCUGGAAAUCCGGCCUGAAGCUGUCCAAGAAGAUUGCGUCGACGAUAUUAUUCACUUCGGGCCUGUUCAUCAUUGUGUGCGCGCUGCUGCGGAGCGUCAUGAUUACCGUCGAUCCCGUCAACGGCCCGCAAGCGGCCGGCGCGUGGAGCGUCCGCGAGUCCUUUGUGGCCACGGUGGUGACCAACAUGCCCAUCGUCUUCCCGCGGCUCAAGCUGCUCUUUGACCGGCACGUGGCGCCGAUGCUGUCGCUGCGGUCGUCCAAGUCGGGCGGGCACUCGGCGACGGGGUUCCGGACGAUUGGCGGCGGCGACGGGCAGGGCGGCGACGGGGGCGCGCGGCGCUUCCGCCGCCACCCGCCGCAGAGCGUCAACCCGCUGCCGACGACCAAGCUGACGACGGUGACGACGACGCUGACGGUGACGGAGAGCGCCGAGCAGCUCGUCGAGGACGAGGGCAUCGAGCUGCAGAGUGGCGGCAAGUCCCCCGCACCGUCGGACAGUGCUGGAGCCACGGGGCCGCCGCAGGCUACGGGGGCGAGGGCGGCGGCACGCGACACCGAGGCUGCUGCAGCUGGUUGCAGCCAGCGGACUGGGCGAGGGCCAUAA